GGAGCCGGAAGCGGGAGAAGUGCCAUCCCCCGUAUGGAUGCUUCUCCACGGGAUAUCCUUGGACAUCCCUGCGGAGGCCAGUCGCUCUGCAUCCCGAGCCUCCUUCGGUCAUCCGACCGGUCUUCUGCCUUUACACCCGCCGGAAUCCAAGAGAUUGCUACGUAAGGUCCUUUGUCCUUUGUUUUCCUCUCGAAGAGGGAUCAAAUCGAUCGUGUUGCCGAAAAGGCGUUUGAAGACGAACGAAACGAGGAGGUUGAAACGAUCCCCGUUCGAUCCCAGGUCUCCAGUCGCGCUGCUCGCUCACGGGUUCCUGGAGCAUGGACGGAAGCCGUGGCUGCUGGUCCUUCAUCUUUGUGUCAUCCUACGUAGAAUGCUUCAUUUGAGGGUUGUAACAGGAGAUGAUGAAAUGCAGAGAAUGACGGAGGAGUUGCUGAAGUCGAGAGACCAGAACGUGGUGGUGUUGAGCUGGCUCGGGGGAUCCGGACCGCCUUAUACUCAAGCCGUGGCCAACAUCCGGCUCGUCGGAGUCAUGGCUGCUCAUUUCCUCGCCUUCCUCGCAGUAAGAAACUUCCUGCUG